GUAAGUCUGUGUGAACUUCUAACGAGAGGCCAGACAGUACAGUUCACCAGUACUGUAAUUUUAGAAAGAUUAAAGAAGUUUUCAAAUUUUUCCAAAUUAGGACUAUGUCAAACGGAAUUCCUGGCUUGCACCGUAUAGGUGUAGCUUUACUUGUUAUUGGAGAAAUUUUACAUAUAGUGGGACUGGCCACUCCGAACUGGACAAAUUUUUCAACUCCAUACGGAACGUCUUCAACUGGUCUCUGGAAGAUGUGCUCCACAUUGGGCUUAUGUGUUGAUAUCCCAUCAAAUAUUAAAAGUGAUGCAAUGAACGUUGUUGAUGCCUUUACAAUACUGUGCACGCUGGCUGGGGCCGGAACUUUAGCCCUUGCCUGCUGGAAUUUAAUUCUGCGCAUUCGGGAAAAAGAGGAAAAACAAUGGAUAAGGUCAAUCUUGAAAGUUGGAAUAUUUGCACUUGUGAGUGCUGUUAUCAGCGGCUGUGUGUAUCUUAUCAUUGUUUACCCAAAGUUGAGGACCGAUGUCUUUACAACUUCAGCUAUCGGAUACUCCUUCAUCUUGAGUGCUGUUGGUGGAGGCGUCAUAUGUGCAGGCAGCGUGGUGUUUUACGUAGCAUGUGGGAGAAAUCCUAGUUAUUAAGAUAAAAUUACUUAAUUAAACGUUUUGUUCUUUUUGUUUCUUUAAAUAAAGGAUUGGUUGACUUAGUUUAAUAUCAAAAGUAUUUACUGAGACAACUGUGUAUUUAAUAUUCAUUU